GCCAAGAUUUUGCUGCAAGAGAUGUGGCUGCUUAAGGUUGAGUGGGACGAAUCUCUUCCCGAGUCAGUACAGCAACGGUGGAGUGACUUUCGACAGGAAUUACUUUUAUUAUCACAGGUUUCCAUUCCACGGUGGCUGGGCCUUCUGACUACAUUGAUGGAGUUGCACGGAUUUGCUGACGCGUCGAAUCUUGCUAUGGCAGCAGUUGUCUAUGUGAGGACCGAAACUUCGGACAAAGAAUUUUCUGUGAGGCUCGCCUGCGCAAAAUCCCGCGUAGCUCCCCUCAAGCGAGUCACCAUCCCUCGUCUGGAGUUAUGUGCCGCCCUUCUUCUUGCUCGGCUUAUGAAACAUACCAUUGAAACUCUCGAUUUAAAAGAGACUCCCAUCUUUCUAUGGACAGACUCUUCGGCGACCCUUGCCUGGAUUACUGCACAUCCUUCCCGUUGGAAAGAUUACGUCCGAAACAGAGUCUCAACGAUAUAAGAGUUGCUGCCUUCAGCUUCAUGGCGGUAUGUA